UAAUAAGUAUAUUUGCGCGAGUAAUGUAAAACAAUCGUAAUUAAAACCUUUCAAAUCACGUCUUUAGUAAUAAGUACCAAAUAAACGUUUACAUUAUUAGAGUUUUACUUCCCUUAGCUAUAAGCUCAUACAUAUAUUUGUUAGCUCUAAACGGCUCAACACCCAUGUAAAUAAUAAGCUUAGAUUAUUGCUAUCUCUAUCUGAUUUGCUUUCCUUUUCUAUAACUAUCUCUGUCUUACUCAUAAGUCUAUCCCUUUCACUUCGUUGUAUAAUGCUCUAAUAAACGUAAGAGAAUGCGAGCGCUUCGAAGCUUAUAAAACACGGCCACACCGAGCCUUUGUACGCCACUUCUCUCUCGAAGCGACAAGCGAACGCAUCUACUCGAUUAUCAAGAAAUUACGUGCUUUAUUUAUACGCGUCUCCCUGUGGUUUGGACCUUCCAAAAUCCUCCACAGUGCAUGGUCCUUCGAGCCGGAUUCACCGAGCCGGCAAACAUCAUUGAAGAUCAAGCUCAGGCAAGAGAGCGUUUCCGCGGGCAAGAACUGAAGAGGAAUCGACCUAUCGCUGCAGAACAAGGUUCCGCGGGCUUGGAAGAUCGUUCAGUUGGGCCACGGAACUGAAGUGACGUCAUCGAAGUCUGUCUAGACCGAAGCAAAGGCAUCGACCCUUCGCUGCGGGUGCAUUGAGGCGAAGCUCGGUAGUAGCUGCUGAAGACCGCGAGGCUUGUGGGGAAGAUCGUUUCAUCGAGCUACAGACCAACUGAAGAUCUACGACGCAUCCACGAAAAGGAAUCCACCUUCGCUGCGGGUGCAUUGAGGCGAAGCUCAGUAGUAGCUGCCAAAGACCGCGAGGCUGUGGGGAAGAUCGUUUCGUCGCGCUGUAUAAGACCUUCAAAGGAGUCACACCUUCAACAAAACGAAGAGGAAUCCACCUUCGCUGCGGGUGCAUUGAGGCGAAGCUCCGAGUAGCUGCUGAAGACCGCGAGGCUGUUGAGAAGAUCGCUUCGUCGCGUUGGAGAAGACUCUAAGCGGUUUACCGCGCCUCAUCUGUUCACCACCUAACGGUGUCAAACGGUGAACAGUGAGUUAACGCCUAACGGCGGGAGCAGUAUACCAGACGAUACUGCCAGCUUGCCUUAACCGGCAGCUGUAACAGUCUGAUUGCGCCAAUACGGUUCACGUGAGAUAGGGGUCCUCCUAGUAGGCACAGCCGAGGGUGUCGGGCGUUCCUCCCGAUACCUGAGCACUCUAAUCCUCACGUGUUACCCUCUGUCGGGCGAUUCCCACCUCACCUCACCUAUUAUUCCAUCCCUGGGAGAGUGUGUCUUUCGAGACCCUCAAACAGGACUGCUAGGGCGUUAGGGCUGGUAGGGCAGUUAGGAUAUUAGGGACGGUAGGUUUAUUAGCGUAUUUAUUUAUUUUAUUUGUUUAAGGUAUUUAUGUAUUUUAUUUAAAAUUUCUUAGGGGCCGUAGGUUUAUUAGGGUAUUAAUUAAUUUAUUUUUAUAUAUAAUUAUUUUAUUUAGGGUUAAUGCUAGGAUUGAUAGGCCAGUAGGGUGUUAGGGACAUAGGGUCAGAAAGACUGAGAAUCAAGAUGAGUUUUACUCGAAGCAAGAAGACGAAGGAAGACACGAAUGAUGAGUCAGGAGACCUAUCAAUCAAAGAAAAGAAACAAGAAACAGGAUCUUGUGCUUCGCAAACUAAAUGCGCUGAAUUACAAGCUCGCUGGGAACUGCAACAAAAAGUAAGAGAGCGAGUGAUUGCUGACGAAGCAAUAGCACGUACGAAGUUAGAGUUAUCACAACUAGCCGGAAACUCUGACCACGAGCAAGAAGAUGAAAAAGUCGAUUUAAUUAAUAAUUGUAUGAAUAAAGCACCAAGUACCGCAAAUAUAAACGAUGCUAAAGUCACCCAAGGUAUCAACGCUCUUUCAAAAUUGUUAUCGCAAGCAAUGUUACAUGCAGAAAACUUGGAAACCACUCCAAAGAAACCGCCAACAUACAUGAGCGACUUAUGUUCAUUCGAUGGAGAUCCGAUAAACUGGAUACCAUUUAUCAGCCAUUACAGAGACACCGCAACAUUCUUCAGCGAUAUAGAAAAUGUUGCCCGGAUACGAAUUUCAUUAAAAGGACUCGCAAAAGAAACCGUCAAAUCUUUGUUAUACACAAGCACUGCACCUGAAAUUAUAUUAAAAGAAUUAGAGAGAAGAUUUGGCCGACCUACCUACAUCAUUAAAAGCGAAAUAGCCGCCCUCGACCGAUUGCCACGAAUGUCGAAAGAUAUCAAAGGCAUAGGCGCCUUUGCGAGCGCUGUAUUCAAUAGCGUAAAUACAAUAAAACAACUUCGUAGAACGGAAUACCUAUACUCCACCGACAUAGCAGACAGGAUAAUCAACAAAAUGAGCACAAUAGUCAGAUUUAGAUGGCAAGAAUACAAAUACAAUAGAAUAGAGGAACCCACACUCAGUGUGCUCUCCGAAUUUCUAAAUAUGAUCUCUGACCAAUUCGACGAGCCUAAUCUACGUCUUAAAAGUAAACUCGAAUCACAGCCAGCCAAUGAGAAAAAAGUCAAUACAACUUAUCGCGAAUUGAAUCACGAUAGCGACAAUGACUCCAAUUACGACCGAGAAUUUGAAGAGGAAAUGAGAUUUGUUUUAGCCGCCUCUACCAUUGAAGAUAAUGAUAUAUGUUUCCUCUGUAAUCAAACACACGACUUAAGUAAAUGCCAGCAAUUCACAGAAGAAAAAGUUGAAAAACGGUGGGAAAUAGUAAAACAACAUAAAUUAUGUUUCAAAUGUCUAAAAACUAGCCAUAAACACAUAAAGUGCAAAAGAAAACUAUGUGGCAAAGAAGGUUGCGUCAGAACACAUCACAAGCUUUUACAUGAAGAUAUAUUUAAAUCAGAACCAAACAAAGUAGUAUCAGCUAAUCACAUCGGCUCCUCAGAAACCUAUUUAAAGAUAGUUCCAGUUGAACUAUAUGGACCACAUGGCACAGAGACUGUAAUGGCAUUGUUGGAUGAAGGAUCAUCUGCAACUUUAUUAAAAGAUGAAGUAGCUGAACGCAUAGGGGCCAAAGGAGCUAAGAGAAACUUAUUAAUCGAAGGCAUAAGCGGAAAACCAACAAAAGCCGAACUAUCAAUGCAUAUCAAAGUCAAAAUUAAAGGGUUAUUCUCAAGACAAUUCCAAACUCUUCAAGCUCAUACUAUCGAACAACUCGACGUUGUAUCACAAUCAAUUAAACAAGAAGACUUAGAAGAUUGCCCUCACUUAGACGACAUAGCUGAACAAUUAAUUUAUGACGAGUUCGACGGAAUUCCACCUUCACUUCUUAUUGGGCAAGAUAAUUGGCAUUUAAUCGUCACAAGAGAAUUGAAAGCCGGCAACUCAACAAAGCCAGUGGCAUCGUUAACUCGCCUUGGCUGGAUACUGCACGGACGUAAAUCUGAAAAACCAAAGCCUGUCUUAUUUACAAAUCACAUAAAGGAAAUAUCAGAAGAUAAGAUAAACAACAUAACAACCACUCAUAAAAGUCUAGAAUCUAUUAAAAUAAUACAAAAAAUAACCGCUAACGAUCCAAAUCAAAAAGCGCUAAGCAUCUUAAAUAAAACAUCUCACCACUUAUCCGACGGAAGAUUUAAUUAUGGUCUUUUACACAAAACAGAUGGCGAAACAAAGCUCAUAGACAAUGUCUUGAUCAACAAAGACAAUGUCUUGCGGCAUUCAAAAGAGCUAAAAAUAGAACUCAACCAUAAAAAUAUAGUAAAUAUUAUAUACACGGACUUGACAAGAAAUUUAUUAAAAAGUGAAUACACGAAAACCAUAAAACCUACAAGGCCAAGAAUAUGUUACCUACAACAUCACGAAAUUAUACCUUUGUGGAAACAAAAACCGGAUAAUGAUAGUGUCGCUAUAAUCUCUGAUUCUGAAUUACAAAAAUUCACAACAACAAAGGAAGUCAUAAAACUCCGCCUCGAAAUAGAUAUAACACAAAAAAACGAAGGAUUAAAAUUAAAACAAAGGACCUCUGACAUCCCCGACGUCAUAUAUAACCUGGAAAGUGACCGCCGCCACAAAAAUAAGAUACGAGGAGAACAAUAUAAAUUAGAGAAAGCUUUGAAACUAAUUCACCAAACAAAUUAUUACUCUACACGAUUCAAUGUUAAUCUUCAAAAUACGCUACAAGAAAUCUUCAAAGAAGCACGACUAUUACGUAAAAUACAACUCAAGCCUUUAAGCUCAGAUGCUCAAAUCUUGAUACAAAGAAAAGCGCUCGCGCAACAAUUAUGGCAAGAUAAAACAAAGCACAAUGAUAACAUACCUGUAAGGUUAAAGAAACAAUGGUUAACAAAUACACAUCACAUUCAAGAACCCAACGUACCACGCUGCAUUGAUCUCCGCAACGCGGGGGAGUUAAACUCCUACGUCGAUGUGAGCAAAAUUAAUUACACCGCUACCAAUAAUUGGAAAACAACUUAUAACGGUCUUGUAAAUAUAAAACUAAUCGUGGCAACAAGUCCAUCGCGAAACUUCAACUAUAACAAUCGAUGGUUUAUUGGUUCAAACUCCAUAAAAUAUGAACCUAACGAUUGGCCAGUAGCUUCAGAACAUACAAGCAAAGAAAGCACGCCAAUUGCCCAUUUAAUUAGUUCUGCAACACCACAAUACACAAGAAGAUUUUCGUCUUGGGACUGGGUUGGGUCACAAAGCAGUUUGUGCUUCAGGUCAUCAACUGAAAAUCUAGACGAAAUUGCUGAAGCAGAAAAAAAGGAUAUGAAUCAAGCCCGUCAAACUUUAACUGAGGCGGGCUACGAUAAAUUCUCUGUGGGCGAGCUCAACAACUCCACGAGAGAGUUCUGUGGCUCUAUACACCGCAGCGGCCUCCUCAACGAAUUGCAUUGUGACGUCAUCCACGCCUUCAUUUGUGAGAAGCAUCCCUCCAGCUUGCUGUGCUAUGAAGAAAUUAGUGAAAAGUGA